CGUACCAGCAAACUGAUUCCAAGAGUAAUUUUCAUGUCUCUGACUCCCUCGCUCUCAUGGAGCUUUCCUUACAGGUGCGAGAGAGACAGCGAGGGAAACGACUACCUCGGUGUCCGUGAGGUGGAGGGCCCGCGCCAAAUCCAGCGUGUCGUGGAGACGGACGCGGCCCUGGCAGAGCCUGGACGAAAAUCGCAAAGCCGGGCGCAGUGUCACUCUCCGUCCCGGCAGUGCCCGGUCGGUCAGAACGCCGCCAAACAGCACCCAGCUCACGGACUCCAGAGCGAGGGCACCGACACACUCAAGCUCUCAAAAGCUGGCUGCCUCAAAAUGUCGUGCUGGUGGACGACGGGUGUCCUGGCCGUCCUCGCCAGCUGCUUCCCGGCUUCGGCUUCCCUCAGCAAGCCCAGCAUCGGAAAGGUGGUGGCGAGCUGGGGCUACAACUUGGACGCGCUGGACGUUGCCACGCCGGACGGCUACAUCCUCACCGUGCACCGCCUCUCUGCGCCCAAGGCCCGCAACGCCAGUGGCCACUUCACCCCGAUUCUAAUCGGCCACGGGCUCCUUGGCAACAGCGAGCAGUGGCUUCUGCGGUCGGACCAGAAUCUGGCUGUCCAGCUGGUGGACCGCGGCUUUGACGUAUGGCUGUCUAACUUCAGAGGAACCAGCUAUGGACUCAGACAUAAGUCUCUCAGCAUCAAGUCGCACAAGUUUUGGGACUUCAGCUGGCACGAGAACGGGGUCAUCGACCAGGCCGCCAUGGUGGACUUCGUGUUGCAGACCACGGGUCGUCCUCGCCUUCUAUCUUUGUCUUACUCCAUGAGUUGCACCUCCACCAUGGUGUUGCUGUCGGAGCGACCAGAGUACAAUUCCAAGAUAAUGGGAAACGUAUUCUUCGCACCGUCGGCCUUCUUCAGGCACCCGGCCGGCCUGUGGUUGUUCACCAAGUCAGCCAUAGACAAGUGUCCUGGCCUUAUUAAGGAUGCUACCGCACGCUACAUUAUCAACGACAAGAUGCCAUUUUCGGACGUGCCAGUGGACACCUUAUGUUACGCAGCACAAAGCAGCAACGAACUCCAGCCAGUCUGCAAGAUUUUCACCGAGUUUGCUGCAGGAAAACCAAAACCGCCAAUUUCCAGUAAGAUGAUGCGUGCGCUGCUAAGCCGAUUCCCAGCUGGAGCAUCUAUCCGCCAAGUGACUCAUUAUGCCCAGAGCCUUAUGUCAGCGGGAAGUUUUCGAAAGUAUGAUUUCGGAAUGGCUAAAAAUGAAAAAUUAUACAGCUCCCCCGUGCCUCCGUCCUACAACUUGAGCGCAAUCAGUUCGCCCAUUCAUUUCUUCUACGGACUUGGUGAUUUGACCGUGAGUGCUGAAGAUGCCGCGGCCCUCUCGAGUGAAAUUCCAUCUGUCGUAUCCGUGCACAAAGUUCCACGAUUCAAUCAUUUGGACUUUGUUCUGGCCAAAAAUGUGGACGAGGCUGUUAACAAGAAGGUCAUAGACCACUUUCUAAGUUACGUGUGAUACUCAAUACCGGUUCUACACUGCGAACGAAAAAGGCUUUUCUGUAGAAACAAGAACAACAUUAGCUGUUCAGUCAACAGGCAGUUCUGUCUCUUUCUUUGGUUCGUCCCAUCCAUGUGCAGGUGAAGGAAGGCUUCCAAAACUGUCCGAAUCGAUUCUCCUUUGCACGAAUGGAUUUAUCUCAACACAAAAAAUGGAUGCUGUGUUAAAAACAGAAAUUUAUCGAAACUCUGCAUGAAUUAGUACAUUUGCCAUGAUGUAUCCAAAUAAAUAUUCUUU